ACUAAGUUCCAUCCAAACCCAUAAAGCCAUGGUCAUCCCUCACAAAAAUCCCACCGCCGUCUCCUUCCUCCUCCUCCUCAAUGCCGUCGCCACCGCCGGCCUUUCCUCUCCGCUGAUCUCUCCAGUCCACAAUGUCUCUCUCUCCUGACCAAUCCCCCGCUUCUUCCUCCUCCUCUGGCCCUGCACGCCAUGUCUCUGCCGACUUGCUCUGUUCCACCGCCGCGGACUCCCUGAUCUCCGAUGACUCCGCCAUUUUCAGCCUUCUUCAAUCGGAGCUCGACCAUAUGCCCCGCCGCGACUACGUUCGACGGUGCCGUGACCGGUCGAUCGACGUUAUUGCUCGCCAAGACUCCAUUAACUGGAUCUUGAAGGUCCACGCGCACUACAAUUUCAAACCAGUCACUGCGAUUCUCUCCGUUAAUUACUUCGAUCGCUUCCUCUCCGCUAAUUUCCUUCCACGGCGGAAUGGAUGGCCGUUUCAGCUUCUCGCGGUGGCGUGUUUGUCUUUAGCGGCGAAAAUGGAGGAGCCUCUGGUCCCACUGCUUUUGGACCUCCAAAUCUUUGAGCCUAAGUACGUCUUCGAUCCCAAAACGGUUCAGAGAAUGGAGCUUCGUGUCCUGUCUAUUCUCAACUGGAGAUUACGCGUCGUCACGCCUUUCGAUUUUCUCCACCACUUCAUUUCCGAUCUUCCUCCUUCUUCCGCCGCAGACGGCGGCGAAGGCGACGGUGACGUCUCUCGUUGCCUCCUCUUCUCUACUUCUUCCGAUCUCAUUCUCAGCACUACACGCGUGAUCGAUUUCUUGGGGUUUCCGCCGUGUACCAUAGCCGCCGCCGCCGUUCUCACCGCCGCUGGUGAGCGGGUUGAUUCUCCGGCGGUCUGUACCCAUUUCCUUGCGGCAAACAGAGUCGAAAUGGUGAGAAGCUGUUACCAACUGAUGGAGGAGUACAUAAUCGACACGUGUCCAGCAGACCUCCCAAAACAGCGGAGUCGAGGAGUCGAGCAACCGGCGCCAACUAGUCCAGUCGGCGUGCUAGAAGCGGCUGCAUGCGGUAGCUGUGAUACAGAAGCAGCAGUGGAGCCGCCGACAAAGAGGCUUCGUUCCUCUGCACCGGAUGUACAGGAGCAGUAGAUAAACCCUAUUUCGUGUAAUCUUGUAAGAGGGAGAAAGAUCCUUUUUAUUUCCCUCUCUCAUUCCCUUGUCGUUGACCAUUGAAAUUGAACGGUUGAGAUUGCACAGACGAUGAUCUCAACAAGGGAAAGGAAAUUUUUUGUUGUUGUUUUCUUUGUUACUUAUUUAUUAUAAAAAAAAAAUACCAUAUUUCUGA